AUGGCGAGUGAGUGCAUUGUGGGAUUAUUGGACGAUGGAACCGUAGAGAGCCUUCGCUACUUUCAGUGUCGUAGGACUGUGCUCGAAAUGUUAAGAGACAGAGGCUACGAUAUCCCUAACUCGGAACUCACUCGCUCUAUUUCCGAGUUUCGUUCACUCUUCGGUCAAGAACCGAAUCCCGAAGCCUUACGUAUCCGCGUUUCCCUUUCCACUCAUCCCUUCCAUAAGGUACUGGUUGUCUUUACAGGAACUUCUGUUGUAACAAAGGCAACUAUCCUCGGUAUAUAUGGCCAGAUUACGAAUGAAGAAAGAUUGAAUAGGCUGAUAAUUGUUGUGCAGAGUAAAAUGACUGCAUUUGCACGGAAAGAAUUGGAAACCUGUCCAUUAGAAGUUGAGAUUAUUGAAAUGAAUGACAUGCUGUUCAAUAUAACAAAGCAUGUACUCCAGCCAAAGUAUGAGGUGCUGACUGAUGAUGAGAAGCGAGCACUGCUAAUGAAGUACAAUGUGGAAGAGAAGCAGCUACCGUACAUGCUAAAAACUGAUCCCAUAGCUCGCUACUAUGCUCUGCGGAAAGGACAAGUCAUCAAGAUCACUCACAAAGGUGAUUUGGUUGAUUCUCUAGUAGCCUAUCGCUGUGUCGUGUAA